CGGCCCCGGCGCCGGCCCCGCCCCGCCCCGCGCCCAGGGGUCCCGGGGCGGGCUCCGGGCUUCGGGCGGACGAUGCGGCGGCGCGGCCGGAGCGGCGGCGGGAAGCGGAGGCGGAGGUGACGCGCCGGGGCCGGCGGGCCGGGCCGGGCCAUGCAGCGCUCCCGGGCGGCCGCGGACGAGGCGGCCCUGCUCCUGGCCGGGCUGGCCCUGCGGGAGCGGGAGCCAGAGUCCGGCGGCGACUCUCCGGGCCGCGGGCGGCGGGGGCCGAGGCCCGGGCCGGGAGACGAGGCGGCGCCAGCGCUGGGCCGCAGAGGGAAGGGCGGCGGCGGCGGCGUUGGCCCCGAGGCUGGGGCGGACGGACCGAGCCGCGCGGAGAGGGGCCCCCGGCGCGCGGCGGCCCCGGAGCUCAGUGCGCAGCCGGCAGGCAGCCCGCGGGCUAGCCUGGCGGGCUCCGACGGCGGCGGCGGCGGCGGUGGCGGCGGCGGCAGCGCGCGCUCCAGUGGUAUCAGCCUCGGCUACGAUCAGCGCCACGGCAGCCCGCGCUCCGGCCGCUCGGAUCUGCGUCCCGGCCCCGGGCCGCCGUCGGGGGGCAGCGCCCGCUCCAGCGUGUCCAGUCUCGGCUCCCGCGGCUCCGCCGGCGCCUACGCCGACCUGCUGCUGCCUGGCGCCGGCCCCGCGCCGGCUCGCUCCCCGGAGCCCGCGGGGCCGGCCCCCUUCCCUCUGCCUUCGCUGCCGCUGCCCCCGGGCCGGGAGAGCGGCGCGAGUGCGGCCGAGCGGCGACUGGAGGCGCUCACCCGGGAGCUGGAGCGGGCGCUGGAGGCACGCACGGCGCGGGACUACUUCGGCAUUUGCAUCAAGUGUGGGCUUGGCAUCUACGGAGCGAGGCAGGCGUGCCAGGCCAUGGGGAGCCUGUACCACACCGACUGCUUCACCUGUGACUCCUGUGGGCGCCGGCUCCGCGGGAAGGCCUUCUACAGCGUGGGCGAGAAGGUGUACUGCCAGGAGGACUUCCUGUACUCCGGGUUCCAGCAAACGGCUGACAAGUGCAGUGUGUGUGGACACCUCAUCAUGGAGAUGAUCCUGCAGGCCCUGGGCAAGUCCUACCACCCGGGCUGCUUCCGGUGCUCCGUGUGCAACGAGUGCCUGGACGGGGUGCCCUUCACGGUGGACGCGGAGAGCAACAUCUACUGCGUCAGGGACUACCACACGGUUUUCGCACCAAAAUGUGCCUCCUGUGCCCGUCCUAUCCUCCCUGCACAGGGCUGUGAGACGACCAUCCGUGUGGUGUCCAUGGACAGGGACUACCAUGUGGAGUGUUACCACU